GCGCCUCUCGGACGCCCACUCCGUGAAGACGGUCCUGUACGACUGCUACGCGACCGCUGCCAACUCCGGCGAGACGCCCUCUCUGGAGGGAUACGCGGUGCCCUUCGAGCGCCGCGACGUCUGCAUCUCCGGGUCCGCCGCGGAGCGGGACGGCAGGCGCUUCGAGACGAUCUCCUCGCACCUGGCGCCGCGCGGGCCGCGCGGCACACUGGUCAAGGUAGACGUUGAAGGCGACGAGUGGGAUGCCCUGCGGGUCUUAUCCGACGAGGAUCUGCGCAAGAUUGACCUCCUCGACGUGCAGUUCUACAUCUGCAAGCCCCCGUUCGACGUCGACGUCUGGAGGGAGCGUGUGCGGACCGUGGAGCGGCUCGCCGCCUUUUUUGCCGUGGCCGCCCGGACCCCGGAGCAGGCCGCGGAGUUCCGGGGCAGGAGGGACGAGGCCUUCUGCCGUGAUUUCCCGACCUUCAGCGUCAGCUACGCGAGCAGGGAGCGGGUGAGGGAGGUGUUCGCGGGCGACUAG